AUAUUAUAACUAUGGCGGGUCAUGGCUUUUAAAGGCCUCCAUUUCUAUGUCCUAAGUCUCUUGAGUUAUUUCAUUGCAGCGCACUCAAGUUCUCCAUUGAAGCGCACUCAACGUUCUCCAUCGAAGCGUUCUCCGUUGAAUCUAAUUCUUGUAUCCCCCAUUGAAGCAGCUUCUAAGGGCGGUCGCCCCUCCUGCCCUGCCUCAGGGACGGGCCUGAUUAUGAAUGGAUUGGACUGCUGUUCAUAGAUUGUGGGAUAAAUGGGCACCUGAUUAUGUAGGUUCAGGGCAACCUUUAAAGGCUGCAUUACUUGUCAACUAUGAUCCUACAGGACCCUCACGCCUCUUAUCAACCAUCGCAGAGCAAGAAGGAUAUAGAGCAGAUCCUAUUGAACUAAGUCAGUUUGUAAACUUUGUAAAGCGCAACAAGUUGCAGACUGAGACCUUCCUCCUUGGGCCAAAUGAAUACGUGGUAACUUCAAUUCAUGAGAACUGGUUUCAUGCAAGGUGCAUGAACACAACAAAGCCCUCAGGUGAAGGUGUCGUGGUGAUGCAAACAGCAGCAUUUCUCUUAGUAGCCUUAUAUGAAGGGUCAAUAGGAUCCGCGUCGUGUGCUGCUGCUGAUCAGUUUGCAACUCAGCUAAGUCGAAAGAGCUUUUGACUUCAAAUUGUUAGGGUGAGCGCGGAAAUGCCAGCAUCUUGUAAGAGUUUUUAAUAGUGAGAAAAAUAUUUUCCAAGAAAGGUGAUUUCCCAUUUUCUUGGGUUUGGUUUGGGAAGAAUGGGAAACAGGUUUCCCAAUUGUUAAAAAUACUAGUUCUCUGCAGGGUGUAAAGCAUUUUUUCUUCGUAAGGGAAGCCAUUCCUUUUGUUUAUCUUACAUUCCUCUUUCCCUUUUCCCCGUACCAUUUCCAUUUUUCAUUUUGUCCCCAACCCUUCUUGCAAGGAACCAAAUACAUGAAAUUAAUUUUCAAUUGUGGUUUA